ACCAAGUUGGCGGGAGCCUAUAAAAGCCGGGGACGGCGCGGCCGCGGACACACCGAACCGGCCCCGAGCAGCCGCCGCUGGACGCGCGCCAACUCCUGCCCCGCCGCCCCGCCGCCACCAUGUCCCACCACUGGGGGUACGGCCCGCACAACGGGCCCGAGCACUGGCACAAGGACUUCCCCAUUGCCAAGGGCCACCGCCAGUCCCCUGUGGACAUCGACACCAAAGCCGCCGCUCACGACCCUGCGCUGAAGCCCCUGACCGUGUCCUACGAGCAGGUGGCGUCCAGGCGGAUCCUCAACAACGGCCACUCCUUCAACGUGGAGUUUGACGACUCCCAGAACACAGCAGUGCUGAAGGGAGGGCCUCUCGCUGACACCUACCGACUGGUUCAGUUCCACUUUCACUGGGGCUCAUGCGAUGGGCAGGGCUCGGAGCACACAGUGGAUCAGGAGAAAUACGCCGCAGAGCUGCACCUGGUUCACUGGAACACCAAGUACGGGGAUUUCGGGACGGCCGUCAAACAACCCGACGGGCUGGCUGUUUUGGGUGUUUUUUUGAAGGUCGGCGACGCUAAGCCGGGCCUCCAGAAGGUCGUCGAUGCGCUGUGCUCCAUUAAAACAAAGGGUAAGAGCGCCGCCUUCACUGGCUUCGACCCGUGCGGGCUCCUCCCCGGGUGCCUGGACUACUGGACCUACCCCGGCUCGCUGACCACGCCGCCGCUGCUGGAGUGCGUGACCUGGAUCGUGCUCAGGGAGCCCAUCAGCGUGAGCAGCGAGCAGAUAAACACGUUCCGUCAGCUUAGCUUCAACAAGGAGGGGGAGGCAGAAGAACUCAUGGUGGACAACUGGCGCCCCACACAGCCCCUGCACGGCCGCCAGGUCAGGGCGUCCUUCCAGUGAGAUGCGGGCCGCGGUCCCCAGCGUCCGAGGUCCCCGACGCGGAGCACCGGCCCACGCGGCGAAUCGGACCUGCUGCUCUGCGUCCCCGACUGCUGGGCUCCCAACUAGACCCUUCCUGUCCCCUCCCGUCCCCCUGACGCUUGCUAUUCCCGUGGGAGGAGCCGGGCCAGCUGUCCACGAUGCAGCGACGUGGUGGGCGGUGCUUUGCUGGGGGUGGCCUUCCUGUAAGAAAUGAUUAAAGGGAUCGGAGGGGAACUGCCUGUUCACAGCGCGGGGUGAGCCUCACACGGGGUGUCAGAUGGGAGGAGGUGGGUUCGGAUCUGCACUGGGAGAUCGCGGUGAUGUGAAUCAGGUAAAAUGCUCAGGAUUCUGUGCGACGUGAACCAGACGGGAUCACUGUUCUGACUCCAAGAUGUUGUACGAAAGAGAAAUCCUCACAUUCGUCUAUAUUUGUAGCAAAGUCCCCUUACAUGUGACUCCUGCCAUAAUUCAGUGGCUUCUGAGCUGCAGAGGUCCACGAGGUAGAAUCUAAAAACUGGUAUCAUUGUCGCUGUGACACAGAAUGUAUUUCCAUCCAGAAAAUAUGUUCUCUGUUAAUAAAUGCUGUAUUUUGGGUAUAUUCUCUAAUAAAGCCCGAUUUCUCUUUGGA